AUGCUCUUCACAAAGUCCACUGUGCUUGUCGCUCUUUUUGCCCUUGGCAAACUCGUUGCUGCUGCUGGCACCGGCACGCCUGCCUGUCUUCUUACUGUUGUGGGUCCCGAGACUCCAGGUGACCUCAAGAGUAUCUGCAAGACCAAUGGCGAUGAGAUCCAGACCUCGAUUCGGGACGUCUGCGGAGAUGAAGCAAAGGAUGCCCUGAAGUACUACGCCAGCGUCUGCAAGGAUGCCGGCUACGAAGUUGAUACUUCAUCUUCCUCGAGCACGACCUCCUCCCACUCCAGCAGCAAGACAUCCGACAAAGAGUCCAGCACUUCCGGCAGCGCGACCUCUACCGAUGGUGCUAGCUCGACCUCUGACUCCGACUCCGACUCCGACUCUGAUUCGGACUCCAGCUCUAGCACCGGUUCCAACUCUGUCUCUGCUUCUGCUUCAACCACCGACAGUGCGGACACCACCACCCCGACCAACGGCGCCUCCACCGACAAGCAAGUCUCUGCCGCCGCGUUUGCCGCAGUUGUCUUCGUCGGGUUUGCCGCUACGCUUUAA